AUGGCAGACGUAGAUCCAGCAGCUGCGAGAGCGGCCGAACAAGCCAGAAUUCGAAAAGAGAAGAGAGAAGCAAAGAUAAAAGCUGGGGGGUCUGCGAGGUUGAACAAAAUCACCGGGCUUGGUGGAGGUAUUCAAAGAGAUGCACCAAAACCACCUCCUUCCGAACAGCAUGGCGAUCCAGAAGAAGUAGAUAUAUCAGAACACUACUACCAACCCGCCAAAAACGGCUUUCGAAACAAUGGCCAGCCUGUCAACCCAGAAAGAUUUGCAGAAGACUACAACGCAGCUCAACAGCGAGCCGGUCCAGGACCACAAAUGACCGACGACCAGCUCCGACAGAUGAUGUUAGGUUUCGACCCAUCAGGGCCACCACCACAAGGAGGAGCUCAAAACCCGUUCGCCGGGUUCCCAGGAAUGGGCUCUAUGCCUGGGAUGGAGGGAAUGGGCGGUGGUGCAGGAGGACCUCCAGCAGAUGACCCGAUGAUGGCAAUGUUACAGCAGAUGAUGGGUGGAAUUCCCGGCGAAGGUGCGGGCGGUAUGCCUUCAUUCCCGGGAAUGCCAGGACAAGCUGUUGCGGCUCCAGAUCCCUAUGCAUACGUAUGGCGGCUCGUUCAUGCAGUUUUUGCUCUUGGACUGGGAAUCUAUAUCGCUUUCACCACUACGUUCACAGGCACACUGGCUGAGCGCCAACGGAGCGCUCUAUCGUACAACACAGAAAGUGACAAACUUAGUCCCGGGAGCGUACAUUUCUUCUGGAUAUUUGCAACCGCAGAGUUGAUAUUACAAUCUAGUCGCUUCUUUUUGGAGAAAGGAGGGGUUCAGCCAACGGGGAUGAUGGCAACUGUUAACCAAUUCUUACCGCCAGCUUGGAAGAAUUACUUGUCGUUGUUCCUACGGUAUGCUAGGAUCUGGACCACAGUGACGGCGGAUGCUGUGGCCUGCGUCUUUAUUCUGGGAGUUUGUGUCUGGCUCAGAGGAGGCCAAGUUGCUUGA